AUGUGGGGUAAACUUUUGAACUUCUUUGUCGAUGAUCUGUGGUGGAUAUUUUUGAAAUUUGACUGUCCCCGGGACGUAGUAUUCGCAUCGAUAAUCCAACGUCUUCUUGGAGCAUUAUUUAUGAAUGCAUGCAUGUUGUACAGUCAGGUUGUCCCUGCUCUGCAAGUAAAAGCCAUCGUUCCUAUGUUCAAGUUCUGGAAAGCGUUUUGUCAUCAUCCACCGUUCAUCGAUAUUGUCUGUGCUGUAUUGACCUUUUACGGAGUAGACUCUUGGACCAACGAGAUCCACUGA